CAUUAUGUGUAGUAAAAUACAGUGCAUGUACCUUUGAUUUGUUAAAAGUUAUUAUUAUUACUACCUACUACUGUUAUAAUAUUAUGUGUAAGAUCCAUUAAAUAGAAUAUAAUAAAAAUGACACAGGAAAAUAGGACACCAAGACCGGGGGAAGCGGCGUUGCAAAAUAUGCAAUUGCUUAAGAAAGAGAGUUCCGUUUUCAAAGUUCCCAAAGUGCCCCCCAAAAAGAAAACAACAAAACAGUCUAAUAUUUUAGACGAAGAAGUUUACGUUGAGGGCAUAGCCAGGAUAAUUCAAAGAGACUUUUUCCCUGAUUUAGAGAAAUUAAAAGCACAGAAUGAUUAUUUAGAGGCAACAGAAAAUAAAGACUAUGCCAGGCUCAGAGAAAUAGCGCGCAAAUACAGUGGAAGUAGACCUCCUACAGAACCAUAUAAUACACCGGCAACAUUUGACACACCAACUGUUGGCAGACCCUAUUCACCGUCCAAUACAGAGUCUCCAGCAGUUUCAACAAAGUCCACUGAUAGUGAUACAGAAAAACCAAAGGACUUAUUAGAAAAAUAUUCUUUGGAUUCAUUUCUCGCAAUGCACACCAGCGAAGACAAUGCCAGCUACGAUCGUGUAAUUGCACUCGAAGAUAAGAAACGCUCGUCAAAGUUCGCAUCACAGAUGGAGGCAGAAGUAACGUCAGCGGCUCUCGCAGACGCCGCGCUCACCCUGCCGUCUAUAGAGCGGCAAGCCGACCAGAGCGAGCGGCCACAAGAGCUGGACACGUGGCGGUACCGCGCCAAGAACUUCAUAAUGUACGUGCCGGACGGGCGCGCGGCGGGCGGGGCGCGCGCGGCCGCGCUGCAGCACCGCAACACGCGCCUGCACCGCCAGCCCUUCGACCCCGCGCGCGACAAGGAGGCCAUCACCGCGCUGGCCAGGAGCCAGGAUGCCACGGUCAAAGGGAAGAUCGGAGUGGACGGCGUCAGCAUAGUACAGGAGAAGCCCACGGCCGAGUACUCGUUCGUGGCGACCCCGUCGCCCCGCCCCGGCGACGGACCCGACCGGUCCCCCCUGAUGACGUGGGGGGAGAUCGAGGGGACCCCCUUCAGACUGGACGGCGGCGACACGCCUCUACCGGCAGCCGGCGCGGGCGCGGCGUACCGCAUGCUGGAGUGCGGCGCGCGCGAGCGCCUGGCGCUGCAGCUGUCGGAGCGCGGCGCGCGCCGGCGCACGCCCUCGCCGCGCGCGCCGCCGCGCAGUUUCAGAAGCAACACCGAGAGACUGGCGAGCAUGUCGCCGGCGGCCAGGAAGCUGGCCGCUAAACAUUUGCUCUCCCCGCGUCUGAAGUUGACCCCCAAUGAUGUGGGGAUUCUCUCGCACACCCCCAAGCGGAAUCGGACCCCGAGGACGCCUCUCGUGACGACGCCGGGCGCAUCGACUUCCUCUAAGAAUGUCUCGGCCCCACCAUCUACUUCCGGAAGUGACAGCACCGGCGUUACGACAGAUAACAAUAUCACAGAUAAUCUUUUACAGAUUAAUGUAGCGAAGAGGACGAGAUUAAAAGCUCAGGACUUCUUUAAUUAAGUCUAGUUUACAAGAAUUAUAAUAAGUGUGCAUUAA